CACAAUCAAUAGUAAUGAUGUCUGGUCGCGUGGGUUCUGAUGACAUGAUUUGGGGGAAUUUGCACAGCCACGCCCGUCAAACGGGUCUGUUCUUGUCGCGCUCACUCGCCCUCGACGAGCAGGUCAGCAGCCUUGAUCCAUGAAUUUACUGUGCAUAUGAUCAACAACGAGCAAGCCAGGUACGUCUGUAAUCCUUGCUCAUCAAGUCUAGACCCAGUGAUCUUCCUAGGUAAAUCCUUGGCUGGGGAAGCGGUCGAUAAGGAGCACGAACAGGGCAAAGCAGCCUUUGGUGAGCCUGCGAUUUUGCGUCAUCCUUGUGAUUCCUCGCUAAAACAUCCGACAACCCAACACCAUGCUAUUCUAACAAUUGCAUCCGUAGAUUUGCUAGAUUCUACCAAGUUAUCCUCAUUGGGAUUACCGGUCCUUUUCACGAGCUUCUUCACACGCCAUGUGUCGGUAACACUUCCGGCGCUUCAGGAUGGAUACACGACCGACCAUCGACGAUUCCUCGGGGCCUGUAGCCUUGUCCGCUUCGUUCAACAGUGAUGCAAGUUGUUUCGCUGUUGGGCUGGACACAGGCUUCUGUGUGUUCAAUUCGGACCCAUGUGAACUGAAGGCUUCCAGAGGUACCGCCUACAUCGUUCCCUUUCCGGCCACGAGCUAAGGAGAAGCAGACUUGAAUGCCGGCAUUGGAACGGCCGAGAUGCUUGGGCGGUACAACUAUCUGGCACUAGUAGGAGGUGGAAAGAAUCCGAGAUGGCCACAAACAAAAGUACGGAGUGAAUCCACCCCAGGGCGCAGGAAGAGCAGCGGGCUGAUACAAACACCAGGUCAUGAUUUGGGAUGACGCGAAGCAAAAAGUUGCUAUCACCCUCGAGCUCAAAACUGCAGUGCUUCGAGUGUGCUUGACAAAGACUUGGAUCGCCAUCGCAAUCCAGAACAGCAUACACCUGUACAAGUUCUCGUCCCCUCCCGAACGGACGGCCAUCUUUGAGACGGCAGACAACCCUCUGGGACUAUGUUGCCUGGGAUCCAGGGUGGUGGCAUUUCCGGGUCGAUCUCCCGGAAAAGUACAACUUGUUGAACUCGGCUCAGGGAACGUCAGCAUUAUCCCAGCACACACCUCAGCCUUGCGAGCGAUGGACCUCAGCGCCGACGGACAACUGCUAGCCACGGCUAGUGAGCAAGGUACAUUGAUCCGCGUGUAUUCAACAUCAAACUGUACUAAGAUCGCUGAACUUCGUCGCGGAGUUGAUCCCGCCUAUAUCUUCAGCAUCGCUAUUUCCCCCAAUUCCAGCAUGCUUGCUGUUACGUCAGACAAAUCCACCCUUCAUGUGUUCGACCUCCCUCUGUCUUCACUGUCGCAACCCCACAGUCCGAGAAGCCCGCGCCGCUCACAAUCGCCUCAUGUUCCUGGAGACGAGGACGUCUCCACGAACCAGAAAUGGGGAUUUUUGUCCAAAAUUCCUCUUCUUCCUCGAGUCUUCUCCGACAUCUACUCAUUUGCGUCGACGCAUUUCGAGAUGGGCGAUGAGAAUUUAGGUCUCAAUGGAUCCUCAUUAUCAUAUCUCCCUGCCCUGGGAUCAUUGCCGCAUCGACCACAAAAAGGCAUCUUGGGAUGGAUCGACAAUGCGACUCUGAUCUGUAUCGGUACCGGUCGAGACGCCCGGUGGGAAAGAUUUAGAGUCGGCGAAAGACCUGGUAUUGCAGACGAGGGCCAAAGAUCGGUUUGGAGAGAUGGCUGGAGAAAGUAUCUGGGCAGCUGAAGCAAAACUCAGAUGUCGCUCAGAUGUCCUAACUAGAAGAAGAAAUAUUUGGCUGACUGAGGGUCUCUGCCUCGAAGAAACAAUCCAUAUGCCAUCCGCUGAAGGGAUGUGCCAACAACUUAGAAGAGCAGAAAGCCGCGAUGGAACCGAGAGUCUGAUUUGAGCGGCAUCAGAUUGGGCAAACCAAGAGCCGGUAACACAUAUUGAUAGGAGCUACACAUCCUCGGGCGAUGGCAGAAGUAUGCUUUCUAUCCAGGAUUCACAGACUAGAUCACAGCCGUCUAUCGAACUAGUGGAAUGUGGUCCGGAAGUCUAGUGUGUUGGUUGUGUGCAAGGCUCUGUUCCUGAGGGAAAGACGUCACACAGUUGAUAUGGAGGGAUUUCGUGCUUGGGGCCAGUGGCCGGCUGCAACAGAAAAGAUGGAAUGUGACUAACACUAGAUGAUACCUUCUAGAUAAGGUGGGCAGCUGUGUAUCAAAUCAGCUACGGCAUCACUCACGGUGACAGAUCUAAGCACGGUAUUUCAGCUAUGCAGGAAUGAUUUUCGUCCCUUUUCAAGAAGCAGUCUCACAGCAUCAGCCCGACUCCCUCGGGUCUCCACCCUUUUCGCCUCAAAACGGCCAGGGAAUGGUAUGUGGUGUCUUUUGCUCUGAGCAACAGCGUUAGUCGAAUGACAAGUGGUUCGGCCACUUAUUGUGUUUGACGAAGAGGAUGUCCCAACCCUCGGAAGCAUCGCCGGCGCAAUCCCCAACUGCUUGGCAGAAUAUGUACGAAUACCUAGUGACGAAUGCUGUCCUCUUCGCAAAAGCAACAUGCAGUGCGAGGGAGUACUCGGCCUCCCUUUCCCAACUAGCAUCAAGUUUUCAUUGCCAUCGGGCAGACAAUCACAGCAACGACGGCAGCAGCAUGGACGUCAAUUGGCUUACUAUGUAAGUGCCUGCGAGGAGCUCCAUAUAUUCGGACUCAAUGGACGCCCUCUGGCGAGCCUGGCGUGGCAUGUUUGCAGCAAGAAAGAUAACGCAAGCUGCAUCUGGGCGCUAGCUGCACCACCGGAGUAUUCGCAAACUCGAAUCGAAACGCAGAGUUGCGCUUCGUGGAAGGUGGGGGACUCCCUCUGGUCUUUCCCACGGACCCGCUCAACGGGGCGAGCCCUUGACAGCUCGAUUGGCUGGACAAGGCCCUCGCGGACGAGGCCGUUGGGUCCCAUCCUGGGCUCUCACAAACGUGGGAUCUAGAGGCAGUCUCGUUUCUUGCAGAGGCUGCCCAGCUCAUUACCUAAACGCAUGAUCUAUCAACCAGGACCAGAACGAGGUUAGCAGGCAGUGCGACGUGGGUUGAGCUGGUGAUUCUGCCACUGCUAGCAUCUGCAACUACCGAGCAGAGGGCCACGACGAGCAAUCCCUAAGCUAUAUAAGCACCGAAGAACUUGAAGAUGCACCUCUUCUUCUUUUUUUUUCCCAUCACGGCAACGAGAAUCGCUAACAUAAAUCACAACGACCAAGCACAACUUUGAAAGAAAGCAUCAAAAACCCCACACACCUCACAAUGGAACCUCACUGCAGUACCUGUGGCCACGCCGCCUCUGGAUGCAAUGGAUGCACUUGCUGCUCGCACUAAACAAUACCGUACGAGUCUCCGGACCAACAUGCUUAAGGGCGAAAGACAAUCUCUUCGAUCUUUGUUGGACGUAUAGACGGGUUGAAGUGCCUCAAGGCAUGUAGUACGAGAUGAGAUGAGCUGGGCUGGGCUGGAUGGGGCUUUGGUGGAGGAUGCUUCGUCUCACCGAAGACCUAGAUAGCUAGUCAGGACAACUUUGAUUCGGCAAUACCACUACCUUAUACUCAGCCCCGA